AUGGCUCUCAGAGUGAGAGCGAUUCUUCUGCCCGCUCCAGCGAUCGCAGGUCUUCAGGCAGCCCGAGAGGAGAGGUCGAGGUUCUUUGAGCAUGAGGUGGAGAAGGCGAGAAACAGAGACGAGAAGAGGAGGAGAGAGAGGGAGAAAAUCGAUGACGAGCUCUUCGACGAGUGUCCAGUCUGUAAGAAAGACUUCGUAGAGCCAGUGAUGACAGGAUGCGGUCAUCAGUUCUGCCUUGAGUGCAUUUCCUCCGAUUUCGAUCAAUGUCCAGUGUGCGGUGUUGAGAUCCGGGGAGACUUCACGCCGGUGGAGGACGGGGCGCACCAAGAGGAUGUGAGAGAGACGGUAUGA